AUGGCGAUCUCCACACUUCAAACGCUAACCACACCAUCUCUCCACCAUACCCUUCAACUCUCCGCCACCAGGCCACACCACCACUGCACCACCAUCAAGUGGCAUUCUAAUUCGAACUGCUCUCUAGACUCUACAACUAAUCUUACUCCUAAACCUAACAAGAAGAGGGGAUUAGCGGGCGUAGAACCCUCUUGUGAGCUUCAGUUUGCGCCAUCAGGACUUGGGUACUGCGACGUCGCUCCUGGGUUUGGUGAAGAAGCUCCCUAUUCCACUCUUAUCAAUAUUCAUUAUACUGCAAGAUUUGCUGAUGGCAUAGUUUUUGACAGCAGUUAUAAACGUGGAAGACCACUAACUAUGCGUAUUGGUGUUGGCAAGGUGAUCAAGGGACUUGACCAAGGGAUCUUUGGGGGCGAGGGUGUUCCACCCAUGCUUGUUGGUGGAAGACGUAGACUUCAAAUUCCUCCGGAAUUAGCAUAUGGACCAGAGCCCGCUGGUUGCUUUUCUGGUGAGUGCAAUAUACCUGCGAAUGCAACGCUCCUCUAUGAAAUUAACUUUGUGAACAUCUACUCUGGUAAUAGAGCAUUACCACCGAAAUAAUUUGAAUGUACAAUGCUAUAAACAACAAUGUUUCUCACGAAGAUGUUCACGGAUUAUUAUCAGAAAUUAGAUGUAUAUAUGGUACAAUUGUUUGUACAUGUAAUGAAAAAAUUACUCUAUUAAAUUCAGCAACAUUCUUUACCUCAGAAUAUGU